GCAAACUUGGCUCAGAGCGGGAGGCAAGACAGAAUUUCUAGAAAUUUCUGCCCUUUUCUUGCCUUCCUUCCCUCUUUGUCAACAAAUAUAAAGAGUCUUUCAAUUCCCCCUUCCGUUUUCAACCCACUUCUCUCCUUCUCCACUUCAGAAUCAUCUGGAGGAGCUCGUCAUUUCGCUUCUUCUUCCGCUUCCUCCCUUCCUUUUUACUGACAUCCCUACCUCUCCUUCAGAAACCAGUCUCUCUCCUCCUACCGCCACCAUGUCUGCCGAGACUUUCGAGUUCCAGGCUGAGAUCUCUCAGCUCCUCUCCCUCAUCAUCAACACUGUCUACUCCAACAAGGAGAUUUUCCUGCGUGAGCUGAUCUCCAACGCCUCCGAUGCUCUGGACAAGAUCCGCUAUGAGUCCCUGUCCGACCCCUCCAAGCUCGACUCGGGCAAGGAUCUCCGCAUCGACCUGAUCCCCAACGCUGAGGCCAAGACCCUCACCAUCCGUGAUACCGGUAUUGGUAUGACCAAGGCUGACCUCAUCAACAACCUCGGUACCAUUGCUCGCUCUGGUACCAAGCAGUUCAUGGAGGCUCUCUCCGCUGGUGCUGAUAUCUCCAUGAUCGGUCAGUUCGGUGUUGGUUUCUACUCUGCCUACCUUGUGGCCGACCGUGUCACCGUCAUCUCCAAGCACAACGAUGACGAGCAGUACAUCUGGGAGUCCGCUGCCGGUGGUACUUUCACCCUCACCCAGGACACCGAGGGUGAGCAGCUUGGCCGUGGUACCAAGAUCAUCCUCCACCUGAAGGAUGAGCAGACCGACUACCUCAACGAGAGCCGUGUCAAGGAGGUUGUCCGCAAGCACUCCGAGUUCAUCUCCUACCCCAUCUACCUCCACGUCCUGAAGGAGACCGAGAAGGAGGUCCCCGAUGAGGAGGCUGAGACCAAGGAGGAGGAAGAGGGUGACGAGAAGAAGCCCAAGAUCGAGGAGGUCGAUGAGGAGGAGGAGAAGAAGGAGAAGAAGACCAAGACCGUCAAGGAGAGCAAGAUCGAGGAGGAGGAGCUUAACAAGACCAAGCCCAUCUGGACUCGUAACCCCGCCGACAUCACCCAGGAGGAGUACGCUGCAUUCUACAAGUCCCUCUCCAACGACUGGGAGGACCACUUGGCCGUCAAGCACUUCUCCGUCGAGGGUCAGCUCGAGUUCCGUGCCAUCCUCUACGUCCCCAAGCGUGCUCCCUUCGACCUGUUCGAGUCUAAGAAGACCAAGAACAACAUCAAGCUCUACGUCCGCCGUGUCUUCAUCACUGAUGACGCCACUGACCUCAUCCCCGAGUGGCUCAGCUUCGUCAAGGGUGUUGUCGACUCUGAGGACCUUCCUCUCAACCUGUCCCGUGAGACUCUCCAGCAGAACAAGAUCAUGAAGGUCAUCAAGAAGAACAUCGUCAAGAAGACUCUUGAGCUCUUCACCGAGAUCGCUGAGGACCGCGAGCAGUUCGACAAGUUCUACUCUGCUUUCAGCAAGAACAUCAAGCUCGGUAUCCACGAGGACGCCCAGAACCGCCCCACUCUGGCCAAGCUCCUCCGCUACCAGUCCACCAAGUCUGGUGAUGAGGCCACUUCCCUUGCCGACUACGUCACCCGUAUGCCCGAGCACCAGAAGCAGAUCUACUACAUCACCGGCGAGUCCAUCAAGGCCGUUGCCAAGUCUCCCUUCCUCGACAGCCUCAAGCAGAAGAACUUCGAGGUUCUGUUCCUGGUUGACCCCAUUGACGAGUACGCUUUCACUCAGCUGAAGGAGUUCGACGGCAAGAAGCUGGUCGACAUCACCAAGGACUUCGAGCUUGAGGAGUCCGAGGAGGAGAAGGCUGAGCGCGAGAAGGAGGAGAAGGAGUUCGAGGGUCUUGCCAAGAGCCUCAAGAACAUCCUCGGCGACAAGGUCGAGAAGGUCGUUGUCUCCCACAAGCUCGUUGGCUCUCCUUGCGCCAUCCGUACCGGCCAGUUCGGUUGGUCCGCUAACAUGGAGCGUAUCAUGAAGGCCCAGGCCCUCCGUGACACCUCCAUGAGCUCUUACAUGUCCUCCAAGAAGACUUUCGAGAUCUCUCCCAAGUCCUCUAUCAUCAAGGAGCUCCGCAAGAAGGUUGAGGCCGAUGGCGAGGGUGACCGCACCGUCAAGUCCAUCACUCAGCUGCUCUUCGAGACCUCUCUCCUGGUCUCCGGUUUCACCAUUGAGGAGCCCGCCAGCUUCGCUGAGCGUAUCCACAAGCUCGUCUCCCUUGGUCUGAACAUCGACGAGGAGGCUGAGACCACCGAGGAGAAGGCUGCUGAGGAGGCUGCCCCUGCCGCCGCUGCUGCCGAGAGCUCCAUGGAGGAGGUUGACUAAAUGUUGACCGCAUGAUGUCACGAUCUUCUUUUCGAGCAAAAUGGAAAUGAGAUGUAACUGAUUGUUUUUUUGAUGACCCGGAAACUGUUCCAGCGGUAUUUGCAUCAGGGAUCUAAUAUUCACUGAACGAUAUUGCGUUAUUAAUCGGAACGGCAAAGGAUGAUUUUCCUUUGAUCCUUUUUCUUUUUCUAUUACUGAAUCACGAAUUCUACCUUUUUCUUUUCGGCGUUUUGAGCGUUUAUUACCCCCACCCUAAAUACAUUCCGUCUGAUCCGCUUGUGGUAUCAGUACGGUAGAUUCAUCUCGAGAAUAAAAGCUUUCUCUGUUCAACUUGAUGCUCUC